UAAAUACUAGCAUUAUGAAGCUCUAUUCAUAAAUUUGAAGAUAUUUACGACCACGAGAAUACCUAAAACAGCAUGUUAUUAAAUGGCAAAUAAAUACAUAUUUUGAAACUUCUGGUGACUUACAGAAUUCACAAAAAAAUAAGCCACAUGAUGAUCAGAUGUUUUCCAAACGCUCGUGGAGCUUGGCUCCGCCUACUUUUUGACGUCACCGUCGCAGGUCAACAGAAUGAAAAUGCUCCAGCGAACAGCAGACGGCGUUUGAUAUGUGGAGGAAACGGCGGUUCUUUCGUGUCGGGAUACUUAGUGCCUUCGCUUUCAUCGGGAUUUAUUACGUGACAACGCAGAUUUACACCAUUAAAUACCGGACUCGACGCAAGGCGGGGCUGCCGGGCGCACGCGCCGUGCUCGCCGCGGACGAGCAGCUGUACGUGCGGGGGGCGGCGCUCGCCGGCGCGGAGGGCGCCCUGGCCCGCCACGCCUUCAACCUCACCGCCAGCGACUCGCUGCCGAGCGACCGGCCGCUGCCCGACACCCGCCACCCCAGGUGCGGUGAGGAAGAGUACGAGAUCUCUCCCUACCAGACGACCUCCGUCAUCAUUGCCUUCCACAACGAGGCCCGGUCGGCCCUCCUCAGAACAGUAGUCAGUGUCCUCAACAGGACGCCCCCUGAUUUGUUGGAGGAAGUGAUAUUAGUGGAUGACUUCAGUAGCAAUGAACAAGACGGCCUACUUUUAGCAUCUUUAUCCAAAGUUAAAGUUGUUCGGAAUGAGGCAAGAAAAGGACUGAUCCGCUCGCGAGUGCGCGGGGCUGCGGAGGCCCGCGGCCACUUCCUCGUGUUCCUCGACAGCCACUGCGAGGUGAACAUCGGCUGGCUCGAGCCACUGCUGGCAACAGCACAGGAUCAGGUGACGGUGGCAUGUCCUGUCAUUGAUGUCAUAGACCUCGACACCUUUCAGUAUCGCUCGUCAUCGAUGGACCUGAAAGGAGGCUUCGACUGGGGUCUGCAUUUCAAGUGGAUACCGCUGAGUGAAACCGACAAGGAGGCACGAUACCACCCAUUUUCUCCAUUUUCGAGUCCCGUGGUGCCCGGGGGACUGUUCCUAGUCAGCAGGGAGUGGUUCAGUCAACUCGGAGCUUUCGAUGCCGGCCUGGAAGUGUGGGGAGCCGAAAGCUUAGAGAUCUCCCUGAAGACGUGGCUGUGUGGCGGGCGGCUGCUGGUCGUGCCUUGCAGCAGGGUGGGCCACGUGUUCCGCAAGAAGCACCCCUACACCUUCCCGGACGGCAACGCCUACACCUAUCUCAGGAACACAAAACGAAUAGCUGACGUAUGGCUGGACGAAUACAAGCAGUUUUUCUACGAGGCUAAGCCGAAUGCCAAAGACAUAUCUUCAGGCAGUCUCGAUGAACGACUGUCGCUGAAAUCCAGGUUAGACUGCAAGCCAUUCCAGUGGUUCCUUGAAAAUGUCUUCCCAGAGCUGAGGCUGCCCAACGAGGAGAACACGGCGUUCGGGCAGCUGAGGCAGGGCUCGCAGUGCCUGCAGUCGAGCGGGGAGGGCUCGGAGCCCCACACGGCGACGUGCAGCGACACGCCCGGCUCCCAGCACUCCUGGGCCUACAACAGCCGCUCCGCGCAGGUCCUCAGCGCCAAGCUGUGCCUCACCUUCGACAAGCGCCUCACCACCGAGAAGUGCCGGCACACGCACAACCAGACGUGGAGCCGUCACGGGAGGGCGGUGGUGCACCUGGCGACGGGCGCGUGCCUCGAGACGGGCCUCGGCCGCGAGGUGAGGGUGCGGGAGUGCCGUCGUGGCGCCAUCGCGCAGCAGUGGGACUUCACGGUGGAGCUACAGUCGCAGGGCGACACCGCCGUCAACAUCACGUGACGGCCGCACGCCCCCCCCUCGUCCCCCCCGCGUCGAGGAGGGACGUGCCCACACAAGCCUGGCGCUGACGUACAGAGGAGCUUUCCAGCGGUCGGGCCGAGACGCGAGGAUCAUCUGACGCAUAUCUUUGUUUCUCUACAACUCUCUCUGUCCAACUUCUGUCUUCCUCUCUUUCCUCGGGCGGCAGUCACAUCUUCAACUGAACACAUCUGCAUGUGGACGUUCCACACUACGGAAGGCAAUUGUGAACCACAGUGGAAUCAUAUGGCUGGGGGAUACCAAGCAGCCUCGUGAGCCUACACAGACGUUCCACUUCAUGUACCUUCCAUCUUCACAAUUUUUAAAUGGUAUUCUCUCACGCCCCGUGACUGCUAUCACUUUAUCCAAGCUUUUCCAUCAAAAAUCUAAGAUCUCUACUGCAACUCUUGCCUAAGUAACAUCUUUUUUUUUUUUCUUAACCUGGCUAGCUACAGUCGAGACUUGGGACUAGGGGAAGUAUAAUUCCAUUUGUUUUUGCCUACCCAACUGUAAAAUUCAGCUUUAAUCUGUCCCUCCUAGUAAGUUAAAGUUGUGUGUGAUGGAAUAAAUGUUUGGUCAACAUUAACCAGUAUUCAGCUACAGUUUAUUUACUAUAUGCUAAAGAUUUUUAAGACUAACAGUUCUGCCACAAAUUACAUUUUUGGAACUUCAGGAACUCAUCCAACUGUCUGAGGAACACUAAGUACAUGGUGGUCGACAAUAUUUAUUAUAGGUGCACAGCAUUUAGCAUUAUCUGUGAUGUUCCUUUUUCACAAUGAAUUGUGAAUGUGAUAAAUACAAAUUUUAGCUUAAAAAUUUUUUUUUAAGAAAUACUAUGCUGACAUGAGACUAUUUUAUGGCAAAAUAAUUUUUAUUAGUGUUACAGAGAUCAGCAGUUAUAUUAUUAAUUUUGAGUGUUGUGCAAAUAUUAUUAUUAAUAGUUAUUGAAUUUAUUAUGUUCACUUAAAAAAAAAAAAAAACUACUUCAGAAUUAUCAAAAGUAUGUUGUUAUUUUUGAACCUGGUAUUCAAAGCCAUACUAAACAUGUAGCUAGAUUUGACAAUAAACAUUUAAAAAUUCAUUGCAAUUGAAGAAUGGAGUUUACUUCUAGCAAGCAUAAUCAUGUCAUAGUUACAUGAAAAAUUGGUAUUAGAAUAUUCAUUUGAAUUGAAUGUUUAUUUCCUUAUAACUUUCAGUGUCAGAUUUGCAUUCAAAAAUGAAUGUUUAGAUCUCUGUGAUACUGAUGUUAAAUAUUUGUACAACUUAAAUUUUGGCAAUAACUUUGAAGAAAGUAUUAUAAUAUUGUUAAUUGUUGUAAAUUUUUCUUGUAAUAUAAAUUGUACAUAAAUUUUGUUGUUUGGAACUAUUUUUGUAUAUAUACAGAGCUGUAUGUGAUCUAAGUACUGUAAUGGAUGAAAAGAGCCAAUAAAAUGAGACUGGUUUAUAAUACUGUAGCUCUACAUAAA